UGUGAAGGCAAACUUAACGUAGUAUGGCCGUCAUUUGGAAGUAUUCACAGUUUUACUUCCACAAAGAAUACGCGAUAAACAUUGCACAGAGCGAAUUAAGAAAGACAUUUAUUAAUAAAUUCUUUACGCGAGUGACAUAAACAUUGAAAGAGCAGUGAAAUAAUAUUAAUUGUUUUUAAUUCGGUCGCCUUCUGUUUUCUAAUUUUUCACGGAUUUCUUGUUUUUAUCCAAAAUGUGGCUGAUAAGUCAACCCAACGGAGUGAUCCAGGAGGUGAAGGCGGAACCCAACGCUAUCGGACAGCAGUGCUUGGAAAGGUUAUGCGAGAAGCUGGAGAUUGGCGCCGAGUCAGACUACUUCGGGCUCCGCGUGUGCCCCGCCUCGGGGCCGAGUCGCUGGCUCAACCUGCGGAACCCACUCGACCCUCACCGCAUUCCCGGCGGCCGUCUGGACCUCAGAGUCAAGUUCUGGGUCCCUCCCCAUCUCCUGAUCAACGAGCCCACCCGCCACCAGUUCUAUCUCCACGCCAAACUGGACCUUACUGAAGGCAGACUUGUAGUCGCCGAUCAAGAAGUAGCCAGAAGAAUUGUAGCCUACAUAGCGCAAGCUGAGACUGGCGACUGCGACACAGAAAUGCCUCCAAUUGAUAUUUACGCUGAAUGCGACAAAAUCGGACCUCAAGGCGAGAAGCCUGAGGAUCAUUUGGAGAAAAUCAUCGAAUACCACUGUGAGAUAGCGGGCAUGCGCGCCUCGCAGGCGGAGUACAGGCUUCUUAAAGAAAUUUCGAAGCUGGAGUCGUUCGGAGAGGAGCUGUUCUUCUGCAAGCCAGUGACGCAGUUCAAUAACGCUCACAACCUGUACAGUCACCUGCUGUACCACGCUCAGCAGGUCGAGGAGCCUAAGACAAGGGACGAUCAGGAGAUAGACGGGAGCGGGACGGUCGGUUGCCUAGCGACGGGGCAGACUGGCGCGGGUUGUGGAUGCAGGCUUAGCACGUGUGUGGGUGUGGGCCCACAUGGCAUUGUGGUCUAUCGCCCCGCCUGCAAUGGCGAACAGGAGAUCGGAGUUGAAAAGCAAAGCAUCCCGUACACAGCAAUACACCGCGCGCAGCCGAUGCGUCGCAACUUCCAGCUGACAUACGUCACAGGAGAGGGCCACGAGGCCACGCUUCACGUCAAGAUGGCGACCUCAGGGCAGGCGGGAGCAGUGUACCGGGCUGUCACCGAGCGACACGCGUUCUACUGCUGCGAGACAGUGAGGAGUGACGUCACGGAGCAGUUCAUUAGAGAUCUGAAGGGCACAAUAGCGUCGAUCUUCAACGACUCGACGACGCUAGGACGGCGCUACGUGUUCGACAUCCGGCGCACGUGCCGCGAGGUGCACGACGGCGCGCGCCGCGCCGCGCACGCCGCCGACCGCGAGCCGCGCCCGCGCAGGCGGGACGAGGGGACUGACCACAAGGAGUCCCGUGGCCGCUCGCGCAGCGGCGGCUCAACCCUCGCCUGCCGAGUGUGUAUGGACAGCGCCAUGGACACGCUUUUCCUGCCCUGCCGACACGUCGUCUGCUGCCAAGAAUGCGCACCUAGGUGCGAGCGUUGCCCUCUCUGCCGCGGUGAAAUCGAGAAGACUAUGCACAUCUUCCUGCCAAUCGAGUACCAGAGGAGCGCCCUGCUCAUUGACAAAUGAGCAUCGCACAACCGACGUUUUGCCCAAAAUGUUCCGGCUGUCGAUCCGGCGUGUCUGCGUGUGUGUCUAGUCAGCGAGUGUGACAACCCCCUGUAAAAAGUAAAAGCGUACUUCAGCGAGUGUGGCAACCCCUUUAAAAAGUAAAAGGGCUACUUCAGCGAGUGUGGCACCCCCUUUAAAAAGUAAAAGGGGUUACUUUAUGGUCCCCCGUGGAAGACUGUGGAAGUAUAAUCAGACUGGUGUUUGAGACCUAAUGGUCAAAAAGUGCAUUUUUUUUACCUAAAAUUAAGUUUGAAUGUUCGUGGAAACGUACUUAAGUAAGCUAACAAUGUAACCUUAGUUUGUAACUCCCUUCGUUUUAGAAGGGUGGAUUAAAAAAAAGGAAAAAUAUUCGAAAAUCAGGAAAAAGUAUAGAAUUAACUAUGUGAUAACUUUGUAGCAAUAAUUUUCUUUAUUAUUUUCUGUCUGACUGGGAUUUUAUUAUGACUAUGUUUGUAUAAAAAAUAAGAACUACCCUUUGCAUUUUGUAAAUUCUUGCCUUUAUUGGACUCUACUUUGGAUUUUUAAAUUUUCCUUACUUUAAAGUUAAUUAUGUAAGUUAAUUAAAACGUAAGACCCGUGGUCUGUAAGAUUUAACAAAUAAAAAGAUAUGAAAAUAAACAAUAAUUAUGUUACAACCUA